AUGAAUGCUCUCUGUUUGAUUGGGAUGCCAGACUGGAAUCCGGAAAUCAGGAUAUCUUCAGCAGUACAUACCCUCGUCUGUGCUGAUCCAGUUAUGGGCGCCUUCUGCACCUUUGGAGAGCUCAAUAACACAUGUGUUUUACAUUCACUUUAUUUUGUCCUGUACGAGGACAUGUCAAAAACUGUCUCCGAUCAUGUGACACAACAUGGACCUGAGCUCACCCUCUUACAAUGGCUCCCACCACUGCCCAUCCAUGGGGAGGACCCAUGUAGUCCACACAGCACCAAAAUUGAACCUACAGGUACAGUAAAUCUGGCAACCAUGAUCCACUCGCAGUCCAUGCGUAAAAUGCCAGCAGAGAGCAAUAUGGAUGUUGCCCUGUUCAUUGAUCUGGGCACUUCUCUCUCUGGUACCAACCCCGGGAGUGUGUGCCACAUAUUUUUUCCCUUUUUUGGUGGUCCCGAUGAUCGACUGGCGCUUGAGUUCAUGAUGCAGUUAUGUACUAAUCCCGGGAUUAGUGUGACAUUAGUUCGGAUGUUG